UGAAAGUUGACUCAUGUCAUGUCUCCUUCAUUAUUGCGGCAAUGACAAAACAGAAAACUCUGGCAACCCAUCAGACAGUGGGAGAAGGGUUUGUGUCUGUUAUUUACAACUUCUGGUUGUGUAUACAACUGAAAAGCACACAAGUGUGUGCACAAACACACACAGGAGCUGAGGGGUUCAUUUUCAUAUUAUUUUCCUAUUAGAUAUUAUUUAAUUUUUACAGUGGCUUAUUUUCUUAUUUUUCAAUGGCCUAUGGUGCCCAUUUAUGUAAUUGGUCCCUAUAGGCGACUCAUGGGCGAACUACUACGUUAUUUCUGUCAACCAAUCGUGGGUCACAGCGAUCCAAGGGGGGUGGAGCUCUCAGUGUCAGGGCAGCUCAAUUAAACAGAGGGGAGCGCAAUUUAAAUCCAAAACAUCCCUGGAUGAGCGCUGAGUGGGCAGGAAACACACACUUCAAAUAGACACUGACGCUCCGUGUCAGCGGGAGAUUAAGCGGCAGCGUCCGUUGGCGUGGUAUCAGUGACCAGUCAAGUUGAAUUGGAGCUGCGCCGGACGCUCACGGUCCACGGUGCGUUCGCGGAGCUGCCGAGAGAGGCGAACUGGAGCCGCGUUCACAUUUUUGUUUGUUUGGAAAAUCUAAUUACGGAAAAAAAAAAAAACAUAUUUUCCUCUCGACUUUUUCCUGCACCAAUGGGAUGGUUUUUUAGACUGAGCGGAUUAUCGCUGGCGUAAACCCUCGUUUCUCGCGGAAAACGGUGAGACGCGCCGCUCCGCGGGAGGUCUGCCCCUCUCCAGUAGCCGCCCACGGCGUCUGUGCUCCGCUCCCCUCCAAGUUGCAGCGGUGGUUCAUAUGAGCGCAGUGUUCAGCCCGUCCUUUAUGGUGAUGCAGCGGCCACUCGGAAGCACCACCGCCUUCAGCAUUGACUCUCUCAUCGGUGGGACCCCGCAGCCCAGUCCGGGACACUUCGUCUACACGGGCUACCCGAUGUUCAUGCCGUACCGCUCUGUGGUGCUCCAGCCGCCGCCUCCACCUCCUCCAGCUCUGCAGCAGGCUCUCACCACUGGACACCACCAACACCCGCAGAUCUCCAGCCUCCAAAGCGGCUUCUGCUCCAGCUUGGCCCAGGGCCUCACACAGGGCAUGGCGCUCACCUCCACGCUCGUGGCGUCGCUGCCCGGCGGAUUCUCGCCCUCCCAACAGCACCAGGAGGCGGCCCGGAAGUUUGGCGCACAGUCUUUGCACGCGGUCUUCGACAACACGCAGGAACUGCGGCUGGACGCGGAGGAUGGAAAGAGUUUCCUGCAGGGGAAAGAGUCCGCGGCGCUGCAGGGUUUCACCGACACGGAGCAAUCAUCCACAGUCCGAGUCCACAGUAAAGAAGACUCCAAGGAUGACGAGUGCGCCCGAAAAGACGAAAGUUUCUCUAUGGACAGUGACUUGGACUACAGCUCCGACGACAACCUCACCUCUAUGUGCCACAAAGAGGACGCAGACGGCGGAGGGGGGGGGUUGGAUGACGGCACGCACCGGCACGGUUCCACCGGCGGCAGCUCCGGCACGGGCAGCGGCUCGGGCAGCGGUGGCGGAAAGAACCGACGGCGGCGCACGGCGUUCACCAGCGAGCAGCUCCUGGAGCUGGAGAAAGAGUUUCACUGUAAGAAAUACCUGUCGUUAACCGAGCGUUCUCAGAUAGCGCACGCGCUCAAGCUGAGCGAGGUGCAGGUAAAAAUUUGGUUCCAGAACCGACGCGCCAAAUGGAAACGGGUCAAAGCCGGGAACGUGAACAACAAAUCUGGAGAGCCGUCCCGAAAUCCAAAAAUUGUCGUCCCUAUCCCGGUGCACGUGAGCCGCUUCGCAAUAAGGAGUCAGCACCAGCAGAUGGAGCAGGCCAGACCGUAGAAGUAGGGAAAAAGUCCAAAAAGAGAUACUGAGUCCCGUGUUGAUUGUUUUAUUCUGGGAUAGCUUUUCCGUUUUAAUCUGUUCUCACAUGAAAUAAACCAGCUUGAACUCCCUUAGUGCACCUACGCUCUGGGUUUUUAGAAGUUACUUUUAUCAUUCAUUUUCAUUUGUGAUAUCAAUGCGGCCAUAAGGACGGAACAUUUCUCACAGUGCAUUUUAUGCAACAACUUUGUUUUGUUACUAUAAUCAUGUAAAGUCAGACAUAAAGCUCAGAUGUUUUUCAUCGAGCUCUAAAUCAAACUACACUGGAAAUAUCAAAUGUAAACUGUUCAAAAGUGACCUUCAGUAUUCCAUGGUUUUGUUACUGCACCGCAUAAAAGGUUUAGGCGGUAAUAGUUUCCAGAAUUUCUUUGCAAUAUUGUCCACGGUGUCACUUUUACAUAAUUUUCUAAUGGAGUUUGAGUGUUUUUAAUUGAAUUGGUGUUUGGUGUAGAGCGAAAAUUUCUUUGGGUUUGAUCCAAAAUGUAUGUAUCAAUGUUGAUACUUGCAGGCCGAUAAGACUACAUAUUUUAAAGCCCCAACACGAGACUUAGAGACUCCUUUUAAAGUGGACAAUUAUCUGCAGAAUGAAACUCUAGAGACGCCAAAAACUUAGGACGCCGAACGGUGACGCGUGCUGAGGAAGAGGAAGAAGAUAAACUGACUUGUUGACCAACUCCCGCUCUACAUGUAAAUACAAACACGGGGCCAAACUGUGAAUACCAAAUGUAUAUUUCACAACAAACUGAAGCAAGUUUUCAAAUAACGAACUUUAUUUCCAAGCAUUUCAGGAUUUAUCAUCCACCUGUAAUAUGCUACUGAACAUUUUUAAAACCUCUUUAAAAACUGCUUAUUUUGCUUUGUUGUUUUUUUGUUUUUCAUUUCCGUGACAAAAUGAAGCUGCUAAUUAAUUUAUAUUAAAGUGUGCAUAAGUAACUAUCA